UAAAACGUGGGGUGACUCAAAUGUCUUACAUUUGUUCAUAAAAUAUUUUGCAAGCAAAAUAAUAAAGUUAAAGAGAGGCUGCCUGACGUUUUACAUUAACAUUUAGCCAUUAAGCUUUUAUCCGAAGCGACUUACAGUGAGCUCAGGGAGCAAUAAAGCGACAUUUCACACAGGAGCAAUAAUACAAUAAGUAUCCAAGUUUAUAUAUAUAUAUUUUAAUGUUAACAUUUUAUAUCACUUUUAUUUUGCAUUAAUGUUGUUUUUCAGUAACAUGUGUGUAAUGUGUAAUAUAUUGCAUCCCUUUACGCCAUCGGUCUCCGUUCACAGAGCGUAAUGUUUGGGAAAUGUCGUUCUUUCAACACGUACGCUGCGCAAAUGCUCACCGAUAAAACUACAACGCCCAUCGUCCCCUGCGCGUAAUCGGCUCGAAACCGUUCCUUUAAAGCUACCAUGUAAUGUUUACUUCUACGGAACAACGGCGUGUCCUCCUGUGGUAACUGCACUCAGUCAGAUGCUGCAUCCGAUGCGGUUGAAACCCGUUACUCGCUCGGCCAUACGUUAAAGCGCGGAAUCCCGUCGGCUGAAGGCGCAUCGGGACCGUCGUCGGUGGUUUAUCCUGCGCCAGAGCUCGGUGUUCGUAAUGGCGAUGUUCCGCAGUUUUGUGUCCGCUGCUCAACUCAGACAGCAGCAUCAGCAGCAAAAUGGAGCCGCUGCAGCCGCACCUGGAGAGAGCCUGGAGAGCCAGUUCUCCUGUCCCAUCUGUCUGGAGGUCUACCACAAACCCGUCAGCAUCGCCAGCUGCGCCCAUACUUUCUGUGGCGACUGUCUCCAGCCGUGUCUGCAGGUCACAUCACCCCUCUGUCCUCUCUGCCGCAUGCCCUUCGAUCCAAAGAAAGUGGACAAAUCCUCCAGCAUGGAGAAACAGCUCUCUUCAUAUAAGGCCCCGUGCAGGGGCUGCAGCAAAAAGGUCACACUGGUCAAAAUGAGGUCACACAUCUCCUCUUGCACAAAGGUUCAGGAACAGAUGGCCAACUGCCCAAAGUUUGCGCCAGUGGUCCCCACCUCACAACCCAUUCCCAGCAAUAUUCCAAACCGUUUCACAUUUGUGUGUCCGUUCUGUGGUGCCCGCCACCUGGACCAGCAGGAACUAGUGAAGCACUGCAUGGAAAACCAUCGCAAUGACCCCAACAAAGUUGUGUGUCCAGUUUGUUCUGCGAUGCCCUGGGGCGACCCGAGCUACAAGAGCUCUAACUUUCUGCAGCAUCUUCUCCACCGGCACAAGUUCUCCUAUGACACAUUUGUGGACUACAGUAUUGAUGAGGAAGCAGCACUUCAGGCCGCUCUGACCCUUUCCCUGUGUGAGAACUGAGCGUGACAUCCACAUCCCCAAACUUCAUCUAUCGAACGUUCAGUCGUCAUCUGUCUGUUUCCUCCAUUCCUCCCGUCAUUCUACCUCUCUUCUGCUCCGUACUUCUGGGCUUCGCCCCCCCUCUGAACACUUCAGCAGACAUGUCACUUCCUGUGCCGUAGAUGGAGGGGCUUCUGCUCGUUCAUCAUCGCCAUAACUAUCAAAAGCAUUUGAACGUGCACACAAAUAGCCAGAAAAAUGGAGAUCGAUUUCAUUGUGCUUGUUUGUGUUCUUCCUUAUUUCUCUGUAUCCAGAUUACGGACGGAUUGCACGGACGGGCACAGAUUUUUCUUUGAAUUGAGGUCAAGGGUAGGUCACUUAAAACCGUACACGCUUAUCUCCUUGAACCAGAAGACGAACGGCGUGUGUCCAAAUCUGAUGGUGUCCAUUUUAAAGUAACGAUAAAGCUUGAUUUAAAGCUUCAAAAUUUGUCAAGAAAAAUAUAAGAUGGGUUUAAUUUAUUAUGGGGUGAGCUGUCCCGUUAAAAUGGACCGAGUUGAGUUCGAUUGGCUGUGCUUUGGUAGAGCUCUCAUCUCUAGGUAAUACCAAUACAGAAAAGAGAGGACGAGAGACAUCUUCAGUAUCAUUUCUGGAUCUCUCAAAGGCCAUUUUUAAAGCAGACUUGUUGCGAAUACUUGCACUCGUCACACAUGUUCCACGUGUCUGAAUUGUAGUCUUGACGUUCUUUUAUGCUUCAAUAACAGAUUAUUGAGUACAUACUCCGCUCUUCACUUGCUACAGUAAUAUUUUCUAUGGAACAUCAGAUAAGAUAAAAAUGUAUAUUUUUGGAAAAUGUUUCCCUUUUCAAUGGUGCGCUGAUUAUAGGACCGUAUGCUUGGAAAUAUGUGCAGAAUCAGUUUAUCCUUUAACGUGUGAAUCGGUUCAUCUGUGUGUCGCUAGCUUGUGCUGCCUUCAAGCUCGUCUGGAAAUUUCGCUGGACCGUUUCGUAUUCAUAUAGUCUCCCUGUCAGAUUAGUCACAAAGACAUCAAGUUUGUUAGCAGCAAUAGUGUAACACAUUUUUUAAGACUCUUUAUAACUUAGUGUUUUAUUCAAAAGUCAGACUGAAAGUCCGUCCGUGUUUGUCAUCUCAUAAAUCUGAUAAUUCCAGUGUGAUUUGAAGGCAGCACAGAUGUGAGGAAACUUGACAACCUCUAGAACAGAAGUGGACCAUUGUGCAGUUCUUAUGUUUGGCCACUAGGUGACGUUAAAGGUUUAGGGACAACAGUGAAUCUCAACCCUGCCUGUUUCACCUAAAUCAAGUCUGACUGUCUCUGUGGUCGAGAUGAAUCAGGUGUUUGAUGAGGACACGUCUAAAACGUGCUCCAGGACAGGGAUGAAACGUUAUUCAGAGAUAAUUCACCGGCUAUGUUCUGAAUGGACUACUAUCAUACUAUUUCUGUCAAAAGUAUGUAUACUGUGUUCAGUACGCAAUGUUUUCUGAAAGCUUAGAAGAGAUAACCUGAUGACCCAUCCCUACCCUAAUGUGCAAUAUAUAGCAGUGCACAUUCUGAGGAUGUUGUUUCCCAGAAUGCAACGCUCUUAACUUCAUUUCAACUAGAUGAGCUGGAUGUAGGUUUGAUGUGGUUCAGUCAAAACUGAACACACGUUUCACCAAAUGUUUUUGACGCCAUGUGAAUUCAAACGCCACUGGUGUCCCAUAACCAAAUCUCUUUACGUCGAUUUGGAGUGAAAGACUUAAAUUUACACUUGGCACAAAGUUGGUAUUGAAUCUUUUGAAUGUAGAUGAUAUGGAUCACUUUUUUGACUGCCAAACAUUGAGACAUUUAAACAUAAAAUCAGAUUAAUGUAACAGCAGUUUUAAAAUGAUCAUUUGAUAUCAUUCCGCUUUAAUAGUAUUUAUUUUGCUUCUUCUAAUAUCUGCCAGUGCAGUGUUGAGCAUAAAGUUAGUAUUUCAUUAAGAACAUAGCCUCUUUCUUUCAGAUUGAUCAUUACUGGUGUAUAGUUUCUGUCCUUUGUUUGUACGAAGACCUGCGUCGGGAUGCACGGAUCUGUGAUAUUAUGUUUAGGAUUUGAAGAACAUUUGCAUCGAUUCCUGUAAUUUCCCUGGUUAGGUAGAUAUGUUUGAUGCUGGUGCAUCAUUCCAUGUUUGAUAUGGCUUUGAUAGUUUGUCCGAUGUAGGGGUUUUGGUAUCUUUACGGACCAGUGGAAGACCGUUUGGGAUAGAAAACAAUUAUACAAAUGAUUUCAAACAAACAUCUGUGUUACAUAAGAGAGUUGUCGUUUUUAGUACUAUUCGUACUAAUAGAGACAUUGUGGUUAUUUCCUUUUCGUGAAUUUAUUUGGUCAAGGUUAAGCGUGUCACAAUCAUUCUGAUCUAAAGCUCCACAGUUCUCGAUCGGUUCGGUUUGGAGAGAUUCAGCUUGACUGAGUUAAAGAUAUGUGAACUUUGUGACGGUCUUUCACUCUCAUGAAUAUCUUGCAGUCGGUUUCUAAUCAUUUAGAAGGUUCAAUGUGUAAUCACUUAGAGUGAUCUUCUCUGUCUGCUUUUCUUAAAGCCAGAGUAGAGUGCGUACUGAUUUCUUUACACUGUGUCCUAACCAGGCGUGAUGCGACUUGACGUUUAGACUCCUACUACUCCUAACUAGUUAUGACAAGCAACGAGACUCGCUAUUUUGUAGCUUGAAAUUCAGAGUCCAGGAAGUAUUAUAAACUCUGUAUAGACCGUUGUUAACCACCACGCAAAUGUGUAGGGCCCAUCAAGAUUGGGGGGCCCCCCUAGUGGCUACAAGCGGUAAAAUCAUGUGACGCUUGAUUGAGCGCACGUAUGGAAGC